CCAAGUCUUGCAAUGAUGCAUCCUCCAAUUAUCAAAAAGUUCGUGCCAAUUUAGUUUAUAUGAGAAAGAGAUAUCAGCAGUUACAGCAGGUCCUGCGAGAAGUGGAAGCGGUGAUGGCUGGGCCUCUCUUGAUCUCGAGUUUCUACACCUUCAGCGCCACCAUCAUCUGCCUCUUCCACGGAAUUGCACUCGACGUCAGCGUAGCCUUCAAGAUAUUAACCAUGACCCAGUGUGCCCUGCAGAUUAUUAUACUGUGGAUCCAAGGACAGGUCGCAGACUCCAUUAUUGCUGAGGGCCAGAAAACCAGCCACAUCCUUAUGGAAAUUGCCGAAGCAGCGACCGGACGCGCCCCUCUUCCUCCGAAGGCAAAACAGAUGAUUUUAAUCAUGUCGAUGGAGAGGUUGAGCCGCAAAGGCCUAGGAACUCGGGUGUGCGGACUCUUCACGCUGUCUCGGAGGAAUACCCUUGCGGUAGCGGGUGCAUCCACAAGCUACUUACUCAUACUUCUCCAGUUCCAUCUAGCAGAUUUAUAAGAUGAAGAAGCCAAUGUGAACUACAUAUGAACUGUGUCCGUCAUUCUAAUGAACGGGUGCCAGUGUACAGCAUGGGAAGCCGAAACCAAAGUGAUUAUUCGUAGACGCAAAAUUGCUACCUGAUAAUCUAUAGUCUCGGAAAACUAUGCUCUUCACCGAUAACCGCUUCUUCCAUUGCACAAAGAACCACGCUUUGUCUGAUCACCUUCCCUGCCGUGACGCCUUGCUGGUUGAGAUGCCUCGCGCCCGCCGCCCACACUGUGACAUCGAUUAAGCACAGCGUUUUGCACGUACAGCUUUGCUGCUCACUGCAGUGCAACCUCAGAUUGAACCGUUACCCACUCAACUACUUGCAAACCUAUAUAAUGCAGUAUGAUACAGGACAAUAAUA